AUGAAAAAUAAAGAGAACAACCAAAAGACGGCGAUGGCUGAAAAGCUAAAGAAGCAAAUAGUAUACGGGUGUGGAGGGGCUCUUUGCACAGGAAUAUUCUGCAAACUGUCUGAUAUUGAAGGAAUUUCGGAUGAAAUAGUAGAGCUUCUUUUAGAGUACAAUGAUUACUUUACAUGCGAGUCUCUGUAUUUCGUCCAUGGAAGGGCAGUUCACACAGCAAGAAAGGAGAAUAUGUACUAUAGUACUCGAAUUGGUCUUCAUCCAAACAUGAGCACCACGCUUCUCCCGCGCGCAACUCAAAUGAAAGUACAGAGGGUAGAAAGAAGCAGCCAAUUCGCAACACUAGCCAUAUCCCACAUGAGUGUGGCCAAGGAUGUGCUGAAGUACUUCUACACCUCUCUUAAGGCCCUUGGGCAGUCUUCCUACUCGUGCAGCCCCGUAAUGAGCAUGCAUCUGAAUUUUCCUCUUUCAGUCUCACAGUGCACCAGCAAUGAUCUACUAAAACCUUACACAGAUGAAAACUCAAAAAAAGAAUAUUUAAAAAUGGAGCUGGCACGAGUGAUCCAUAAAAAAAAGCACAAAACAACUGCAAUCAUGCUUCAGGGCCUAUUCUACCAUGAGUUAAACAAACUGAAGGCUGGAUAUUCGAUAAACACAACCAUCAGGAUCGCAAAGCUGUUUAAUGCAGUGAAGGAGAGCGUAAAAUUCGAGAAGAAGUAUUUCAUUCGGUUCCUGGAGUCAAUUGAGAUGCUGUGCCAAACAAGCAAGACAGAGGAUAUUCUGUGCAUGGAAGGAUGCAACAAACUUCCGGGCGGGCUGAGCUACAAGAAAGUUCCAGAGUGCGGGUUCAAAGAGCACGAAGAGUUUCCUGUGCUUGCAAGAUCCAUUCCUGCAAAGGAUAUUUCCACCCGGGUGAUUGAAGAGUGUCCCAUUUGCGACUCAUCUCUGCAAGACUGCGAGUAUCCGCACUGCGACUCGCUGUGCUAUGCAUCCAACAAGCUGUGUGUAAAUGAGCUGAUUGAUCUGAUAAAAAGCUUGAUCAUUGUGAUUGACAACACGAGUGUGGUGAACAUGCGGGAGGGAACUCUUCUUCUGGCUAUUCUAAAAAGUCUGAAGGGCCUGUACGAAUUUUCUGUAGAAACAGGCCUUGUGCACCACUCAAUGUUUGUGAAUAGAAGGUUCUCGCGGCUGCUCAACUACAAGGCAGAGGUUCGGUACCAUAAAGAAGGAAACCACAGUAUUUUUGACUUUCCCUUCAUACUUGAUAUGCCCGCCAAGUCUGAUUUAAUCCAGAUUGAGAACACAGACAGAAUGAAGGCAGAGCUGCAGGACGCUUUUUUCCGGUCAAUGUUUGAAGGGCAGCUUGAUCCGUACUUGAAUCUAGAGGUGGCCAGGGAGUCUGUUGUUCAGGACUCGCUUAAGCUGCUGGAGUCUCUUGAGGCAGGCACUGCGUGGAAGCAGCUAAAGAUAAAGUUUAUAGGAGAGGAUGGAAUUGACUCAGGAGGAAUAAAAAAAGAGUUUUUCCAAAUUCUCAGCCAGAAAACCCUUGGCGAGUGGGAUAUCUUCAGAGAAAGUGGCGGGUGCCUGUGGUUUAAUUCAUUCACAGAAGCAGAGCACGAGAAAAGAAAGACUCAGUACAAGAUACUUGGAAGCAUUUUGGGCUUGGCAGCAUACAACGGAGCAGUUCUCUGUUUCUACUUUCCGCAGGUCUUUUACAAAAUGCUUCUGGGAUAUGCAGGCACGUUUGAGGAUCUAAAGAUUGUUGAGCCUUCGAUAUAUCAGACACUCAACGAGAUAAAAAGCAUGGAGCCAGAGGUGAUCUCUGGGAUGUCCCUGGAGUACACGGUCAAUGGAGUCGUGCACGAGGUGACACACCACAACGUGGAUGAGUUUAUCAGUGUGUACUGUAAGGAAAUUCUUGAAACCCGGCUUGAGUCAGCCUUCAGCCUGAUCAAGGAAGGCCUUUGGCAGAUAUGCGGAAACACAUUCAUUCGGUCGCUGCUUCCAUGCGAGCUGAGCACACUGAUAGGAGGUGUAGAUUGCACAAACAUGGAGGAGCUGGAGAGAUACACAAUAUACAACGGGUACAGGCGCGACUCUUCCUUUGUUCAAUCAUUUUGGGAAAUAUUCAAGCAAUAUGAUAUUACAAUGCAACGGAAGUUUCUGCGAUUUGUCACGGGAACUGACCGAGCACCAUCAGGCGGACUAAGCAGAAUGGCUCUUGUGUUUAUGCGGAACGGCGGAGACACAGAAAGGCUUCCUUCUUCGCAGACAUGUUUUAAUACAUUUCUUAUUCCAGAGUACUCUGAUAAGAGGAAGUUAAAAGAAAAGUUGGAUCUUGCAAUCAGCAAUACAGAAGGGUUCUUUCUUCUUUAG